UCUUCUGAGCAAGCUAACAACAAAUAUCAUGCUGACAUUGAUGGUUAUGUUAUGAGAAGCAAUGAAUGUAUAAUAUACUCCUGGAAAAAAUAUGAAGCAGAGUCAUUGAUAUAACAUAGCUGAUAUGAUUUUGAUAUAAAAAUCAAGAACCAUACAUGACCAUUUAUUGUUGACAUAUAUUAUUCUUUUUAUUGCAUUCUUUUACUUUGUUAUAGCACUUUGUUUUUUCUUCUUUGAUAAUGUAUUAUGAUCACUUUUGUUUUGUUACAAAACAUACAUGCAUAAAUGUUUUAUUAAUCUGGCCUUUGGCCUUUGGUGAGGCAGCCCUCUGAGACCUGCCCACUUCAUUAUGCUUGCCAUCUUUUAUUUAUGUUGUAUUUUUUUUUUGUAUGAUGUCUUUUGAUUGUUGUAAGCUGCCCAGAGUUGUUGAGAGCCUGGCAGUAUACUAAUGUAAUCAUCCAUUCAUAUUCCAUAUUCAUUAAGCAGGAAAUACUUCAAGUGCAUUGAGCAAACUAUGGUACUAGGAUAUACAAUAAAUAGUAAUAAUCAAUUUUUCUUACAAUUCUAAAUUCAACCCGAAAAUAAAUUUGUAAAUAAAAAAUAAACGAAUCUUUUAUGUACUUCCUUUUUUGGUGGGGGGAGAGGACUUUUGGAGAAAAAGGACGGCGGAGAUUAAAUUAAGAGUAUGGGCACAACUUUGAAACUACGUCAAGGCAGAACCUUCGGGUAAAGCGCUGCUGGAAAUCAUUCCGCCAGGGCUUCUUCAUGCCAUUCAGCCCAUUGGAACAGCAAAAAAACCUGGUAGGAACUUCCGAGAUUCCUACAUUGAAUUGUUAAUCUCUCCUAUCAAGUUUGCUGAUUUAAAAAAAGCAAUUGGUGUCAUUCCAGCUUGACGGUCUCCAAACGGCAGCAACCUCGCCUUGCCGUUUUGCUUCUGCCGCCUGACUCCUAUCCAGAGCAAUUUCGCCAGCCUACCUCUGAGUUAGUGCCUGCAUUUUUCAAAUGCCCAACAUCUAGGCAAUACCUAUAUCCGGAGGUCAAGCUCGCAGCAAACCUUUCUAGAUCUUGCCUAUGGAGGUUCUCAGUCAUCCAGGUCCUGGUUGUCCCAAAGGUGCUUUUUCAAGAGGCAAUUUCCUCUUUCGUUUCUUAUGCAAGAAGCUUCUUCAGCCCUAGAGUUUUCUAGAUCUACUUGCAGUCUACUUGCCUCCGCAGGGGCAACCAACCGUGGCCGCUCCCGAGACCCGCGAGCGGAGCUACCAUAGCUGCCUUCAGCCAUCCGCUCGCGAGGAUCUCGCGCACUGGCGGCGCCUCCCCGAUUGUUGGCCUAACGCUGAUUCUUGACUUGAAAUGAAAAUGAAAAGAAAGGCCGACUCAAGGGCGACAGUGGCUACGACAGUCCCCCGACCCCCACCCCCGCCGCGGCAGGAGCUGGCACUCGAGCCUGGAACGUUCCCCCCCCCCCCCGCCCCGCCAAUCUCCGCGCGCCGGAUUCCAACGCUUCUUCAUCCUCCUGCGCGUUGAGCGCCAUGUCGCGGCCGCUACGCCGCGCUUCGCGGCUUCUCGCGAUUUUGGCGCUGGCGGCGAUGAGAUGGGCCUGGGCAGAUAUCUGUCCUGUUUAUACCUUACCAGAAUUUGAAGGUUCUGAACCAGUAUUUUCUUUCCCAUACCUUACACAUUAUAAUCAGGUUUUCUACAAGUGCAAACUAGGAUUUGAACUAGUCAGUGAACAUGAAACCUCCUUGGUGUGUCAUAACGGUGCCUGGUUACCAAAUGAAGACUUAUGCAAAAGAAUAUAUUGUGGACAGCCUCCUAAGAUUACUGAUGGAUUUCAUAAUGGAACUGCAACCACUUACCCCUUUGGAACAAAAAUACAUUACCGUUGCAAUAAAAAUCUUUCCCUUAUUGGGGCAUCCUUUAUGGUCUGCGGUAUUAAUAAAAAUCUAACAGGACUGUGGAAAGAGAAACCACCCAUAUGCAGAGGGGUAUUCUGUAACAAUCCAGUGGUAGAACAUGGAAUAAUAAUAAGUGAACCUGAGAAGAAAUAUACAUAUGGAAGCAAAGUUAAAUUUCAGUGCGAAAUUGGGUAUUUCAUGAUUGGAAAUUAUUUGAUUCGAUGUGAAAAGAGCAACAAUUGGGUUCCCAUAGUACCAUCGUGUAAAAAGAUUGCUGCAGGCAUAUGUGGUCCUCCAUCAAUCCUCAAUGGCGACAUAGAGCCUUUGCAACCUCAGUAUGAAACUGGAAAAACAGUUGUCAUAACUUGCAACCGGAACUAUUCUUUUAUUGAUGACACCAUAAUAAUGACUAUACAGUGUCAAGGUUAUAAUCUCUGGCAUCCUCCUGCACAAUUAUGUUUAUUUAAAACUUCACCAGAUAAUUUUCAUCUUUUCAUCAAUCAUGGAAAAAUAGUCCGUGGGGGGAAAAAAUAUUACGAGCCUGGAGAUGAGGUGGAUAUUGCAUGCCAUGCUGGCUAUGUAUUGAAAGGGCCAUCUAAGAUUAAAUAUAUUGGUGGAAAGAAAUGGCUUCCUAGUGUCCCAACUUGUCAUCUGAGUAACUUCAUCAAACUAGUUAUAUGUGGGUCUUCAUUACCUUUGUGGAUUUUGGCAGUAACAAUUUUUUACCGGAAAUAUAUAGAAAAGGUGAACAAGAUAAAGUCAGAGAAGAAUGAAAAGGAAGGGCAGACACAGCAACCAUAAUAGUGGCUUGGCUGCCUGGGGCAUGAGUAAACUUUGUUCCAACAUGAGAAAACUGAAAGUUGCAUGAGCAAUGACAUAUUCUGCAGUAUGUUUAGUGAGAGUCUCCAAUAACAUCUCUAUGGUGAAAGAGCUCAUCAUCAGCAAGAACUGUCAGAAACGAAAUGGUCAUGUGGGAAAAAUGGAUUAUCUACCUAGAAGCAGUCCAUCUCAUUUCUUUAGUUUAGUGCAUAUAAAUAAAAGGCUCAAAAUCCAGACAAUAUUAUUUACUGAGAACGGAAAGGCAUUGAUUUAUAUUGCCAUUGCAUUGUUGCCAUAAUGAUACUUCUGUUCUUCAGCUUUUAAAAAGCUUUAAAAUCUUCAAAGGUUCUCUGGCUUGUAUUCUGCUGCUUUGGUGGAGUAUUGUGGAUUGUUUUUACAAAAAGAAUGGAAAAUCAUGUGGACAUUCAGAAGAACCAGAGGGUGGCAGAUUGCUUGUAAUAGGAGAUUUUCCCCUUGGCUCCACUGUAAAUUAUCAGUGUGAGGAAGGUGGAUGGCUGCCCGCUCCCACCACUUUCUGAUAGCACCAGAUCAGAAAAAAAAGUGUGAUUCAGAUUAGUGCUAAUGUGAUUCUGGAGUCUGGAAAUGGCUAUGUCAGGCAUGAUUCUUCUCCUAUUCAAGCGCAGCAGAUAGGAUGGGAUGCCCCUGUGCCAGCUUGUACACAGAUUAAGCAUGGUAAAUUGGAAAUUAGGCCUUAAAGAUUUGACAGAGAAUUUAAUUUUAUAUUGUUUGGAGAGCCUCUCAAAAAUACUUUCAAGAACUAGUACAUUUAAUUGUCCCCUUUGCUGAUAGUUUGUUACUCUUGUUUUGCUUCUUUCUUUAGGCUCCUACAAUUUUGCUACCAUAGGUUUUGGUAAGUAAUUUCUAGACGCUCCCAUUGAAUGCAGAAAGGCAUUGUGGACCUUGCAUUCCAUAAACAGUGGAUAAGAUAGGUCAGUGGCUACUAGUCAAAUGUUUUCCCUGUUCUUUAGUUGUCUUUGUCAGAUGAGCAUAUAUAAUACAGAACACUCAUGAUAAUGUAGCAAAAAGAAGAUGAGAAAGGAAUAUUAUCCAUAUGAUAAUAGCAAAGUUGUCGAGCAACUUGACAUAAGAAAAAGGGGGAAAAAAGAACUUUUCAUUGUGAUUCUAAAUAUUUUGAUUUUUGUAGAAUGGAUUCUACAGUGCAUUACAUAAAUACCUUAGGAUGCAUCCAUUUUCAUUGCAUUUUAAUGUUACAAAAUUUUAUUAAUUUUCUCACUUCAAUUUAAUUUAUAAUAAAAUCAGUUCUUUCUUUAACCUUUCAUUUUAGAGAAAAUCGUAACUAAAUAAAUAUAUUUACUUGGUUUUAAGAGGUUCUGUGAGAAGUAUCCUAUUGCUUUUCCUCAUUUUUGGUGGUGCAAUGUGGAUUGUCCUUUUGCAAAAGAAAAAAAGGACAAGAUAUUAUUCUUAAUUGGCAAUUUCUUCUGAGCAAGCUAGCAACAAAUAAUCAUGCUGACAUUGAUGGUUAUGUUAUGAGAAGUAAUGAAUGUAUAAUAUACUCCUGGAAAAUAAAUAUGAAGCAGUGAUUGAUAUGACGUAGCUGAUAUGAUUUUGAUAUAAAAAUCAAGAGCCAUACAUGCUUAAAAAGUAAUGGAUUAUGUCAAAAUGAUUGUGCUACAAAAGCUAAAAUUAUCAGAUAACAUUCUCUUGAAGUACAUACCAGUACAAGGAAUU